UUUGUUUCCCUCGCCUGUCUUUUUGAUUGCAGAUCGUAACCAUGGAGAUUGUCACACAUUUAAUUAAUGACACCAUAGAGUUCUACAAAUGGACCCUGACUAUUGCAGACAAGCGGGUGGAGAAAUGGCCUCUGAUGGACAACCCGCUUCCCACCCUGGCUAUCAGCACCUCCUAUCUGCUCUUCCUCUGGCUGGGCCCCAAAUACAUGAAGAACAGAGAGCCCUUCCAGCUCCGAAAGACCCUCAUUGUUUACAACUUCAGCAUGGUCUUCCUCAACUUCUUCAUCUUCAAAGAGCUCUUCAUGGCAGCCCGGGCAGCACAGUACAGUUACAUCUGUCAACCCGUGGACUAUUCGGACGACCCCAAUGAAGUCAGGGUGGCAGGAGCCCUCUGGUGGUACUUCAUCUCCAAAGGCAUCGAGUACCUGGACACGGUGUUUUUCAUUCUGAGGAAAAAGUUCAACCAGGUCACCUUCCUGCACGUCUACCACCACUGCAGCAUGUUCACGCUCUGGUGGAUCGGCAUCAAGUGGGUGGCAGGAGGACAGUCGUUCUUCGGGGCACACAUGAACGCACUGAUCCACGUCUUGAUGUAUCUGUAUUAUGGCCUGGCCUCCUGUGGACCCAAGAUCCAAAAGUACCUGUGGUGGAAGAAAUACUUGACCAUCAUCCAGAUGGUUCAGUUCCACGUCACCAUCGGCCACACCGCCCUGUCGCUCUACGUCAACUGCGACUUCCCCCACUGGAUGCACUACUCCCUCAUCUGCUACGCCAUCACCUUCAUCGUCCUGUUCGGCAACUUCUACUACCAGACCUACCGCCGCCAGCAGCCGGCACGCCGCGACGCCUCCUCCUCCUCUUCAAAGGCGGGCAAGGCCGUCUCCAACGGCAGCCUGAACGGGCUGAGCAGAGCCGCCAACGGAGCGCCGCUGGUGGGAAGCAAAGAGGAGAAGCCCCAGGAGAACUCUGGCAGGAGAAAGAGGAAAGGACGCGCUAAACGAGAUUAGAGGGGGAGGGCGAGGGCAAAAGGGGGGCUUACUCUAAACGUGAAACGCUUGAUUUGAGGAUGAGUUAGAGGGAUGGAUGUGUCCGGGUAAGGUUUAUUUCUUUAAGUCACGAAGACAUGAGUUGUUGUAGAUAAAAAUACGAGAUCUUCUAUGAUAUGUUAAACGGAGGUGUCUACGGCCAGGAGCGAGAGGACCACUAAUAAACGACCCAAAAUGAAAUCCUAGGGGUUUGGAUGUAUCACGGUAUUCCGUCUCUUUACCGUGGUUUAGACGGGGCGGAUCAGCCGGAGAGGGAAACGUUCCCCAGAUCCCUCUUGUUGGUGCUGUAACAGCUCCAUCAGGGGAGGCCUGAGCUGUGCCGAGAAGACGCUGUAAAUAACCAACACUGCUGUAACGAGACAGGAAUACAGAUGGCAACGCGCGCACAAACAUUUCACUUCCUACUUGAACUCAGAAUUUCUUUGUUCAUCAUCUUUAUAGCUAUACAAAUGACAUUAAUGUCAUUUCGUCCUCCUUUUUAUUCGAGCUCGUCGUCGGGAUGUCUUUGGAUUUGUUUGUUCAGAUGUUUUUUUUUAUUUUGUUUUAUUACUAUUCACUUUCAUGUAGGGGAUCUAACUUUAAGGAUGCCAUCCAUCAACAUGGAGUAAAAUGUACAUAGAAGCAUAAAAAAGGAGUAGAAUCCUUUGAGAGUGGGAUGAUGUUCCAUCAUUGCUUAUCACAUGGGAUAAUCAUCAUCUCGUGUUUUUUUGUCUGUAUAGGAGUAUAACUCAUUUUAUAUCUAUAUCCAUACUUGUUUGUCACGUGAUGAAAUGUUACUGAUGAGAUUCUCCGUUUACCUCCCCUGAUAGCAAAACAGGUGGAUUUUCGUUGUUUGACAUGUUUAACUGUCUUUUUUAUAUUAUAUCUUCUCUGAGCUUUGAUGUUUGUCUUGGGACCAGAAAGAAAGGCGUUGUUGGGUUCUGGGUUCGCGUUCGUGUUUGUCUUUACAGAGAUGCAGAGAAUCCAUUUUUGAUCAGAGUGACUACCUUUAGCACUGCUUUCUUCAACGAAAAGUACCCUUACAUCUUUGAAAUCUCUCUGUUUGCAGCAGCCAAAUGCUCAGGCUUUCAUUCCACACCUUGAGCUAAGUUGAAUGUAAAGUUAUCUGCAAGAGACUCGGAUUAAAAGAGGCGUUCCACUAUUUAACACUAGAGCAGGUGACAGGUAUGUUUUGUCACUGUUAAAAAAAAAAAAAAAAAAACUUUUGCGUUGACUGUCAAAUACAGUGUAUAUCAGCUCUCUGUCAGCAAUCAACCAAUUAAUUUAUUAUUAUUUAUUAUUAAAUAUUUAAUCC